AUGCCCGCCAUGUUGUCGACUGUCUCGCUGAUCGACCCCACCACCCUCAACCCAUCCUUCUCGGGUCCAGACACGAGUCGUAUGGGUCGACCCGCCGUCAUCAUCACCAGGGGUGACCAACAGACUGCUGUUGACCAGUUCCAGCUCCUUCUUACAAACGCCAAGGCAUAUCGACUGCAGAUGCUUGCCCUCUCCAAGGCAGCGGCUUCCUUUGGUUAUGCCCUCGAGAAAAUCGCACACUCCAAGGCCUCUGUCCGCGACCCUACCAACGUCUGCUCGAGUCUGCAGGCAGCCGCAGGUCUCCAUUACCUCAUGUCGAACCACCAUCAGAUCCUGAGCGACACACUGUACAAGCAGUUUGAGAUCCCGUUGCUGCAGCACCUGGACACACACAAGGCCAACAUCGAGGCCAGCGAGGCACAGUACGAGCGAUCGAUGCGGGACAUGAGCCAAAAGAUCAAAGAAACCGAGGCCACCUCGCUCCAGAAUGGACGGAAGCGACAACGAGGCAAGUUGCACUUGUUCCGACAGGCGUUGACGACGUUGACAAUGCAGGUGGACGAACUGGAGAGGAUCAAGCUGGGAUAUUAUUUCAGCAAUCUGGAGAGCGAGCAAGCAAACUUGCAAUUGAUCUUGCAGAAGACCUCGACGAUUGUUCGUGCCGAAGUCGAUAUCUAUGAGCGGAUUGCCAACAAGGGUCUCAACGAUACUAUCCUCGAACCCAUGACGACGCAGGGUCCAGAUCCUUACUGCACUUACGCGACGACGGAUGAGUUCUCGUCCAUCUUUUCAAUUCUGCCGCCGACACCGAUCAUCCCCACAGGAGCAGCAGGAGGUAGCGGAUCAACAGGCACGAGCACGCCACAACCAGAUCCCAUUAUGACCACCUUUUAUGGAUACCAUGAGGCAAACCCGUUCUCGACUGCCAGGAAUCAGACCGGCACCAGGGAUAGACAUCUGUUCGGGGAGGCAUCCUCAGUUGAUUCCAAGGAGUCGAUUAUGGAUAAGGCUGUGGGUGUUGUUGUUCCUCCUACCGUUGGUGGUAGUGUGGCGGGUGCCAAGGCCCCUGCUGCGGGCGCGACAACUACUACCACGACGACAUCAUCGACAACGGUUGUGAUAGAGUCAAAGACCAAGGAUGUCGCGUCUACUUCGACCGGUGCUACUGCCAUUACUCAGGAGUCUACAAAGUCUUCUGCUCAGACCUCCAUUUCGACUGUCACUGCUUCUAAGGACUCCAAGAAGGGAGCUUCAAAUGAGAAGACUGUCCAGGCACUGGCGAUCGUCGAGGAAGAAAAGAGUAUUUCAGGCAGCAAAAAAUCCUCAGGCGAUGGAGUAACCUCUGAACUUGCGAACGGUCGCGUCGAUGAGGGGACUGGCAGCGUCAGCAAUGGAACCGAGAACAACAACAGCAGCAACCAGGAGAACGGAGUCAAUAUGCGUCGGGGACAACAACAUCACCGCCACAGAUCAUUCUCGAAGCAGUCGGAAGAGAACGCGUCCUCGGCCACAUCAGUAUCAGGAGCAACGGUAACAGCAGCAGCAGUAUCAGCGGCGGUAGUGGCGGCGUCGAGCCCUACCGACCAAGCAUCGUCUAUCCCCUCGUACUCUCUCCGGUCGCGGUCUGGAUCGCGUUCACAUCUGCUUUUGGCUUCGACACCCGAUUCACCGCCCGUUCGGGGGAUGAUCCACAUUGCAGGAGAUUCUGAGUUGUUGAACAACAGGGAUUUCUCAUUCUCGUAUGAGCCCUCAGAGUUGUUGGGACAGCGCGAUGCCCAGCAUCACCACCACCAAUACAGACAGAACCCGUUUGAUGGGAUGAUGGAGGAGGAUGAGGGCGGAUUCGGCACGUCAGCACCGUCAAGCAAUGGACGGAGACCGUCCCUGUCUAACCACCGCACAGCGACGGGGGGAUCUAGUUCUGCAGCAUCGUCGCUGGGAGGAUCUGGGGGUCAUCAACCUAUGCGGUCCCAAUCCAGCGGCCAUGUUGCGUCAGGAAUUGGGAGCACGGGCCAUUUGUUGCAUGGACUCCGACAUACCUCGAGCGACGGCCAGCUGAGUCAUAGUUCGUCGUCUAACUUGAGCAGUCUCGGAAGCACACAUAGUUAUUCGGCAGGCAGUCUACAUCAUCGUCGGAGUACCGGCCGGAUUAAGACCUCUUUCAACGGUGACCAUUACCAGGUCGGAUACAACCACCACACUGAGGAUAGCAUGUCGCCCGAGGCUAUGGCAUUGGGCACCAGUCUGGACGACCCCUCUGCAUCCUUCAUGUCAUGGCGGAAAGUGUCGUCUGCAGGUCUGUUGGGAUUGGGAGGCGCGGCCACGGAGGCAUUUGGUGGACGGGGCGGGUUCGAGGACGGCAUGCCAGCCUUCUUUGCGGACGAUGCCGACGAUUUGGACCAGGCCGAUAAUGUCUCGGUAACUGGGUCUGUGUCGACCUUUGCAGGAGGAGUCCGUAGGAGUGGGAUAACUGUUGGACGGAGUCGAAGCCGGCCAGAGAGUGGCAGCGAUCAGGAUACGACGGGACAAGGACAGGGACAGGAUUCGAACGAUGCGGAUUCGUCGAUCAUUCAAAUGGCGGAUGGGUCUAGCAAGAACGUCAGUUCUACGAAUUUCCACGAGAUCAUUGUCUAA